AUGCCCAACAAUACCGAUGUGGCCGACUACACGGGCGUCUUCCGCCUGACCUCCACCUCCGAACCCCAUAGAAAAGUCAUCAGGCGCAACCGCCAGGUCGUCUCAUGCCUACCCUGCCGCAGCCGCAAGCUGAGGUGUGACCGCCAGCAGCCGUGCGCCUCGUGCGUGAAGAGGCACGAUGAGGCCUCGUGCAAGUUCUUUCUUUGGUCUCCAGCAGCAGCAGUGCAAAAGAGUGAGGUUCAGGCGAGGUUGCAGGUGCUGGAGAGCCUGGUCAGCGGGCUCAUGCACCAAGACGGGGCUUCUCCUGGUGGUGAUCCCGUCGUUGGCAGUGGUCAUCUGAGCAAGGAGGGCAACGAGGUGCGCUUUGUCGGCGCCACCAGCUAUGAGGCCGUCCUCGACUGUAUACGCGACCUCCAGGGCUUCGUCGAUGCCUCCACCGCUGCCACCACCAGUUAUCUUCUUCUUGGGCCAGCAGACCAGCGCCCCUUGACUAUCAAUGAGGUCAUGAGGCGGCUUCCCCUCAGGGUCGAGUGCGACGACUUGCUCACUUCUUACUUCCAGCAGGUCUACAUGAUCCCUGCGACGCUACACACGGGCCAGUUCCAACGAACCUAUGAGAAGUUCUGGCAGGACCCAGAAAAGACAAGCCUCCUCUGGAUCAGCAUCCUCUUUACCCUGCUAUCAACCUCCAUCUUCCAGCAGGCCUCGAGAGGAGCGGGGACAAACAGGCCCGCCGCCUCCGUCGUUACAAAGGCAGAGGACAAGAUUGCCGACCUCAGCUCGAUGGCCUACCGCUGUCUCGUGGCAGGCAACUACCUCUGUGGAAAGCCUUAUUGUGUCGAGGCCACUCUGUUGUUUGGCAUGCACCUGGUCCUGCAGAAGCGCGAUGCGGACCCCCUGUGUUGGCAUUCGAUCAGCACGGCCGUACGACUCGCCCAGCGUAUGGGAUAUCACCGCGAUGCUUCCAACAUGAGCCCAAGCGACGGCGCCCUGAGGAUCUCUCCGUUCGAGGCAGAGAUGCGCAGAAGGACUUGGUUCACGCUCGAGUGGUUUGAUGUCGUCCACAGUUUCCAGCUGGGCAUUCCACCCAUCAUCCAGGACACCGACGUGGACACUCAACUGCCCGCCAACUUACACGACGACGAGUUCAACGAGGACAGCAAAGUUCUACCACGGGCCAGGCCCACGGGUGAUUUCACGCCCAUCCUGGGGUUCAUCUACUACAGCAAACAAACCAAGCUCCUGCGCCGCGUUGUACAGCAGGCCCUGGGUGCCAUUCCGCCCUCCUAUGGCGACGUCAGACGCCUCGAUGCCGACCUGCGAGCGCUGCACGACGACGUACCGCCAAGCCUACGGUAUAGGCCUAUCCGCGAGAGCGGCUUCGCAGAUGUGCCCGAUGUCAUCAUGCGUCGCUUGCUGUGCGAGAUGAUUUACCUCAAGUCCAUGUGCGUGUUGCACCGCAGAUAUCUCACCUUGGAAAAGAAGAACGGCGUCUACGACGGCUCACGCGAGGCCUGUCGGGAUGCCUCACUGCGCCUGUUGGAUCUUCAGGCCGAGUUCGAAGAGCACAGCCGUCGAGGGGCGAGGCUGUUUGAGAAGAGAUAUAUGCUGACCAAUACGGGCUAUCAUGACUUUUUGCUGGCGGCUAUGUGCAUAUGUCUCGACCUCCUUCAAGAUACAGACCGCAAAGUCAACGCUCUCAAGAGAGCCCACACCCUUUGGAGCAUGAUGAGUGGCAUGUGCAAAGAGGCAGCCCACGCAACUGAGGUCCUCAAGCAUAUCCUCUCCACGAUCCCUCAGCAGCAGGACCAGGGACGACUAUCAUCGCUUGAUGACGGAGGGGGAGGGGGAGUGGAUAAAGCGGUCUCCUCCUCUUCUGCUGUCCCAAAUACAGAGCCCAGCAAUGCAAACGGUUUGCGGAAUUGUGGAAAGCCAGCGCUCAUACCGGGCUGGUCAUCCACUGCCACCAAUAACCAGGAAGAACCUACGGCUCUGACCGAGAGAGUAGCCGCAGCGAACAAGGGACAUUCUGUGUUGUGGAACUAUGCAUGGCUGGAUAAUCUGGGAACUCGAAAAGAUCGGGCUUCGAGUAGUAGUAACUACUACCCCUUGGACGACGUUCUGGCUGGUAGGGUUGACUGGGUAAGUGCUCUCCCCCUCUGA